UACACAGUAGUGAAGAAGACAUUCUGUAAGUAUGAGACACCCAGCAGCCGUCCUCCUGUGUCAGGAGGACUAAGCAGGACAUAGAGCCCCAUCACAGUGCCUCCACCUCACUCACUGAUACAUGAGAGACACAAUGACUAGAAGAUCCUGGAACUCGCCAACAAGAUCAUUCAGCUGCUGACUGGAGAGGAGGGGGAGUAUAUGGAAGAACACAGGGGUCUAUACAAGGACGUGAUGAUGGAGAAUCACUGGCCCCUCACAUCACUCGAUGGACCCAGUAACAGAGAUACCCCAGAGAGAUGUCCCCGUCCGCUGUAUUCCCAGGAUUGUACAAGGGAGAAUCACAGGAUCCCACAGGAGGAUCAGGUAGAACGUCUGUCUGAUAUUAAAAUAGAAGAUAUAGAGGGAGAAGAAGAGACGUAUGUGACUGAUAUAAAGGCAGAAGAUAUAGAGGGAGAAGAGACGUAUGUGACUAAUAUAAAGGCAGAAGAUACAGAGGGAGAAGAAGAGACGUAUGUGACUGAUAUAAAGGCAGAAGAUAUAGAGGGAGAAGAAGAGACGUAUGUGACUGAUAUAAAGGCAGAAGAUAUAGAGGGAGAAGAAGAGAUGUAUGUGACUGAUAUAAAGGCAGAAGAUAUAGAGGGAGAAGAAGAGACAUAUGUGACUGAUAUAAAGGCAGAAGAUGUAGAGGGAGAAGAAGAGACGUAUGUGACUGAUAUAAAGGCAGAAGAUAUAGAGGGAGAAGAAGAGACGUAUGUGACUGAUAUAAAGGCAGCAGAUAUAGAGGGAGAAGAAGAGACGUAUGUGACUGAUAUAAAGGCAGAAGAUAUAGAUGGAGAAGAAGAGACGUAUGUGACUGAUAUGAAGGCAGAAGAUAUAGAGGGAGAAGAAGAGACGUAUGUGAGGGGUGAUCAGCAGUGUAAGGAGGAGGAAAUCCCUACAGAUAUCAGCACAGCAGAUGGACACACAAGCAGGAAUAUCUCAGAAGUACAUCUAAUAUCAUCCCCGGAAUGUGAAAUAACAGAUGACAGUAGACAGGAUUCUCCAGGAACUAAUCUCAUUACCCCAAUUAUACAUCCAGCUCUAUCAGCUGAUCCCUCUGAUCCUGGGAAAUGUUCUCCUGAUCACUCUGAUAUUGGUGCAUCUGUUACAGCUCUGACAGUAGAUACAGUGUUUUCCUGUUCUAUAGAUGCACCUUGUUUUACACAGAACACAAAGCUUAUUGCACAUCAGCCAUCUAAGGCAGGUGAGAGACCAUUUCCAUGUUCUGAGUGUGGGAAAUGUUUUGCACGGAAAUCAUUUCUUGUUAUACAUGAGAGAAGUCACACCGGAGAGAAGCUAUUUUCAUGUUCUGAGUGUGGGAAAUGUUUUACAUCCAAAUCAUAUUUUGUCAUACAUCAGAAAACUCACAUAGGUGAGAGUCCAUUUACAUGUUCUGAGUGUGGGAAAUGUUUUACACGGAAAUUACAUCUUGUUCAACAUGAGAGAAGUCACACCGGAGAGAAGCCAUUUUCAUGUUCAGAGUGUGGGAAAUGUUUUGCACUGAAAUCAACUCUUAUCAGACAUGAGAGAAGUCACACCGGAGAGAAGCCAUUAUCAUGUGCUGAGUGUGGGAAAUGUUUUACAGUGAAAUCAACUCUUAUUAGACAUGAGAGAAGUCACACCGGAGAGAAGCCAUUUACAUGUUCUGAGUGUGGGAAAUGUUUUACACAGAAAUCAUUUCUUGUUAUACAUGAGAGAAGUCACACCGGAGAGAAGCCAUUUUCUUGUUCUGAGUGUGGAAAAGGUUUUUCACACAAGUCAUAUCUUGUUAUACAUGAGAGAAGUCACACUGGAGUGAAGCCAUUUACAUGUUCUGAGUGUGGGAAAUGUUUUUCACUGAAAUCGAAUCUUGUUCAACAUGAGAGAAGUCACACCGGAGAGAAGCCAUUUUCAUGUUCUGAGUGUGGAAAACUAUUUUCACACAAAUCAUGUCUUGUUACACAUGAGAGAAAUCACACCGGAGAGGGGCCAUUUUCAUGUUCUGAGUGUGGGAAAUGUUUUGCACAGAAAUCAACUCUUGUUAUACAUGAGAGAAGUCACACCGGAGAGAAGCCAUUUCCAUGUUCUGAGUGUGGGAAAUGUUUUUCACUGAAAUCGAAUCUUGUUCAACAUGAGAGAAGUCACACUGGAGAGAAGCCAUUUUCUUGUUUUGAGUGUGGAAAAGGUUUUUCACACAAGUCAUAUCUUGUUAUACAUGAGAAAAGUCACACCGGACUGAAGCCAUUUACAUGUUCUGAGUGUGGGAAAUGUUUUUCACUGAAAUCGAAUCUUGUUCAACAUGAGAGAAGUCACACUGGAGAGAAGCCAUUUUCUUGUUCUGAGUGUGGAAAAGGUUUUUCACAAAAGUCACAACUUGUUACACAUGAGAGAAGUCACACUGGAGAGAAGCCAUUUUCUUGUUCUGAGUGUGGAAAAGGUUUUUCACACAAGUCACAUCUUGUUACACAUGAGAGAAGUCACACAGGUGAGAGGCUAUUUUCAUGUUCUGAGUGUGGGAAAGGGUUUAUACGGAAAUCACAUCUUGUUACACAUGAGAGACGUCACACAGGUGAGAAGCCAUUUUCAUGUUCUGAGUGUGGGAAAAGUUUUAUACAGAAAUCACAUCUUGUUCAACAUGAGAGAACUCACAGACGUUUGCAGCCAUUUGCAUGCUCUGAGUGAUUAAUAAAUCACCUCUUGUUGGACACAGUAGACAUCACACAGGUGGGGAACCAUUUUAAUCUUCUGGAGUAUACUCAUCUUCACCAUUUGCCUGCAUUGUUCCUUCAGGUUUUAUCCUAUGUCCUGUGUUGUUUUUUUUUACAAUAUACAUGCUGCUACUGGGUGAAAUAAUAAGACGUCAUGUCCUCCUUUACCUCUACUAUGCAGAUAACCUGUCUUUGCUCCAGGUACUGAAAACAAUACCAAUACUAAAUGUCUAGCUGAGCUCCAGGUGUGGGUGAUGCCAGUUGGCCGUGACUCAAUCCUAGCGAAACAGGUCCAUAUGCUAAUGCACGCCGACUCUCCUGUCUUCUGAUUACUUCCUCCCACUCCUAUCCAAGAUUUUUCACGUGCUGCUCCCUUUCUCUGGAAUGCUUUACCUCUCCCCCUCAGACUGUUACCAGCAGUACCAAGAAUCUGCCAUAGUUCAUUUGUGGUUGAUCUGUUAGCUAUGCAGCCCUGACCAUGGAACCUGCUGCCUCGCACAGUCCAAGAGACCUCCACCCUGGAGACCACAAACAGACUGAUGACUGUUACUCACAUGUUUCAUUAAUGUUCCUUCACUUCCUAAAUAUACAUCCCACAUGCUGAGGUCUUUA